AGCACGUACACAUGCGUGUAAUAAUUUCACCGGUAAAAAACAUAACCAAACUAUUGGAUAGUUAUUAAAAAAGCUUUAAAUAAUUUAACUAACAAAAAAAAAUUAGAAACUGAUAAAAUUAAACAAUUGUUUUAUAUGUACUUGUCAAUUUUAUCAUAAAAAAAAGUAUGUCUUCCAAUGAUUAUAAAAAUCGCGAUAAGUUUCCUCGUGGAAGAGGGGGCAGAGGUAGAUUCAACCACAAUCGUGGCGGAGGACAUGACAACAAGCGGAACAACAAAAGAUCGUACAGUGAAGUAAAUAAUUCCAAGAGACCAAAGUACGAGUCAUCUGUUCGCGUGAAAGAAGUUGACAUCGGCAUCAACGAGUACCUGGGCGACCACCAACACUUUGACGGUAUUUUCAAGGAACGCUUUUCUGAUUUCCACGUCCAUGAGAUCGAUUGCGAUGGGAAAAUGGCUAAAUUAACAACGCAAGAAAUUCCCCCAGAUCCUGAAGACGUUGUUGACGUCGAGAAACUUAGACAAACUCUGCCUGAAGAUGUUUUAGUGAAACUAGACGCAUUUAUUAGUAAGACAGACAACGCUGAGAAUUCAAAUGCGUUGGUUGAAAUUGAUGUAACUGACAUCACCAAAGAUCAACGACGCAAUAUUCACAGUAUUGCCAAGAAGUAUCAGAAAGUCAUUAGUCAAACUAUUGAAAAAAAAGAUAGAAAGCUUUUGAUCCUCUCUAAAGUCAGUGGUGAUAAAAUUGACAAGAAUGACGCUACAUUUAAAAAAAAAUAUGGAUUGGGACGAGACGUCCGUGUCAACUGGUCACUUCGUGAAGGCCCGUACUGCAAAUUUAUUUUACACAAGGUGAACAUUGACACCAUGGACGCGUUGAACCAACUAGCUGUGAAUCUUCGCAUUCGUGCCAAUAAUUUAAAUUACUCAGGAACUAAAGAUCGACGUGCUCGAACAACUCAGUGGGUGAGCGUAAAACAAAUCCAUCCAUCGAGCAUCUUAGAAGCUGCAAAACGUGUUCGUGGUUUGUUCGUAGGAAACUUUGAGUUCGUAAAAAACCCGCUGAAACUAGGAACUCUCAAAGGCAACCACUUUUCAAUAGCCUUGCGUAACAUCACGGCUUCCGACCAGGAAAUAGAAUCAGCUAUGACCAGUCUGCGAGACAACGGGUUUGUCAAUUACUAUGGCUUACAAAGAUUCGGAAGUGUUGCCACUAUUCCGACUUAUGAAAUCGGCAAGGCUUUGUUGAAGGGUAACUAUCAAGAAGCUGUUGAUUUGUUACUGAAGCCGCGGGAUAAUGAUUAUCGAGAUAUGGCUGAAGCGCGUGAAUGCUACGCGAAGACUAAAGAUGCGAAGCAAGCCUUGAAGCUUAUUCAGAGACCGGAUAAAAUAGAGGCGAAACUGUUGCAAGGAAUUGCAACAAACGGACCAAACAGCCCACAAAAUGCUCUAGACUCUAUACCAAGAAACACUCUGUUGAUGUACAUUCAUUCUUAUCAGAGUUUGGUGUGGAAUAAUAUGAUCAGUCGCAGGAUUAAAGAGUUUGGUCGUAAACCUAUUGUUGGUGAUCUUGUCUACGCUUCUGAUUCAGUCGCAGACAAAGUAGAAGUUGAAGUUGAAGAAAGUGUAGAUGAAAAUGACAAGUCGAAAGAAGAACCAAUCGAUAAUGGUAAAGAUGAAGAACUAGAAAAAGACAAAAAACCACUACCGGCUGUAAAAGUUCUAGCUGAAGAAGACUUGGCUAAUUACACACUCGCUGAUGUCGUUAUGCCUCAACCUGGGUACAAGGUUACUUACCCGACGUAUGCUAAAGAUUGGUACGAAGAGUUCAUGGCCAAAGACGACUUGAGCUUGGACUUGCGAAAUAAGAAUAAAAGAUUUUCGUUAGGUGGAGCCUACAGGAAAAUAGUUCAAGUCCCAGAAGGUUUGUCAUGGAGAGUUGUCCAGUAUGAUGAUAUUAGCUGUGAUUUAAUCCGAUCUGAUUUUGAUGAAAUGCAAGACAAAGAGUUAAUAAUUAAAAAUUCAGAAGGUAAAUACAAAGCUUUGGUAUUAGAGAUGUCACUGAAAUCUUCAACCUACGCUACUAUGGCUUUGAGAGAAAUUUUAAAACAAGACACAUCAGCGGAAACUCAAGCAGCUCAGACGGCCUCUUAUCAUGCUUUGGCUAAACAGGAGGCUGAAGAUCUCAAGGAGUCUCAAGAAAAAGAGAAGCUGGUUGAUAAAAGCGAGCUUCUGGUUGAAGAUAGUGUUAAGGAGGUUGAAGAUAGUGUUAAGUAGGAUCAGGUUGUUGAGACGGAAACAAAACCAACUGAUUAAAGUUGAGAAAUUUUCUUUUUAUAAAAUAAUGUAAGGUAAAGUUUUGCGUUUAUUUUCAAUUUAAUAAAAUAUAAUUUUCAUUAAUUUUGUAUUUCGAUAGUUAAUUUAUUCGCUUUAAAUUUACAAUCAUUAUCCUGACUUACAUAUCGUUUUUUACGAUUAGUUAUACUUUCAGUAUUACUUAGUCAGUACGGUAAUUAUUAAAUUAAUUA